AUGUCUCUUGCGGUGGCUGGCACGGUUGCACUGAUCUUGGACAUCGUUUUCAUCGUGAGGGAUGCGCGAAGGGCUGGCAUGAUGUGUCUGUUGGCUAUCGUUCCAUGGUUGGGCGUUACAGAGGACCUCCAACAGAAGAAGCUUGUAUAUCUCCAUCUCAUGAACUGCACAGAAACACAGCCAGAACUGGUGAUCUUGACCGUCAAUACCUUCGUCAAAGACUCCGAGGAUCUCAUCCCACUUCACACAGUUCUCAUGCUAGACAAUCCCAAUGAUGCAGUCUUACCAGACUCCACGACAGCCGAGUACGGAGAUGCCAGGGAACAAGAACGCCAACAAGCACUCAAAGAUGAGCUAACCGCAGUGUGCAAAGAAGAGCACAAGAAAAACAAAUCCAAGUUCGUCCCAGUCGCUACAGCUAAGAUACCUACUACUCCCAUCGUUAUUCCUUCCAAUUUUGCAGUCCGAAAACUCAAAGCAGGCAACUAUUGCGAACUCUAUUACUUCACCAACAAAGGCCUAAAUGAAGCUAAGAAGAACCUCCUAUUGACAGAGUCGCGAGGUUUGAUCCUACUCCCAGGAGCAAAUGGCCAACAGACGUGGGUCAAUGCAGAUGAGACCCACGACUCGAAAGCCGUCAUCACCAAAGACGAAAACCUCUCAUGGGAAGAGUUCAAUGAAGCUGCCCCUCGCAUGGUCAUCACCAUGAAGCAACAAGAAUGGCCAGAAGACCACAUCAACAUGCACAUCAGCUUUUGGACAGCCCUUCAGAACCAUCGCUGGCGCCAUGCCAUUGACGCCCUGAAACAGCGCACACUCUUACUCUACCAAAGUCAAUGGCGCAGAAUGUGGCACCUCACAGCGGGUGGCCCACACAGCUGGUCUAUAGCCGAACUCAGUCAUGAGCUCAUCCUCAAAGCGAGAGAGGAAAUCUUCAACUUGGACCGUGAUCAGGCUCUCAACACACUUAAACAGGCCGUCCCUGCUGUGAAUCAAAACACAGGCUCCAGAGCUUUCAGUGGACAAAAGAGACCAAUAUCGCCUAACACCGAGGCGAGAGACCAGAAAAAGAAACCGCGAUCCUUUUGAGACGCGCACAAUACACUCACCACCCUCCCUUGCUGCGCGGUCUGUCUCGGAUGCAACCCGCAUCGCACAGUUGAGUGUUCCGCCUCCCGAACAUGGGAUAACCUCUUUGACAUCUUCUCUGAGUG